CUCCUCUGCCAUGUACACACUGUCGGCAUAACACAACAGCGGGAUCGUUGGCUGCUACUUUUCCCUGUCUCCUUUUCUGUCCGCCGCCUCUUCUAGGAGUUUCUCUCCCCUGCCAUGCACCGGGUCACCUCGCUGCUGCUUACCCUGCUGUUCGUUCUCCUGCCGGGCCCGAGCUGGGGCUAUUUCCCCGAGGAGCGCUGGAGCCCCGAGUCUCCGCUACUCGCUCCCCGGGUCGUCAUCGCGCUGGUCUGCCGCAACUCGGCGCACUCUCUGCCACUGUUUCUCGGAACCAUCGAGAGCCUGAACUACCCGAAGGAUCGCAUCGCGCUGUGGGUGGCGACAGAUCACAACAUAGAUAACACUACAGCCAUCCUAAGAGAGUGGCUCAUCAAGGUCCAGAAUUAUUACCACUAUGUGGAGUGGAGACCCGAAGAUGAAACCAGUGCCUUUGAAGACGAGGUGGGGCCUAAGCACUGGAAUAAUCUCCGUUAUGAACAUGUAAUGAAGCUCCGUCAGGCAGCGCUGGACACUGCUCAUGAGAUAUGGGCAGACUACCUUCUGGUGGCUGACUGUGACAACCUGCUCACCAAUCAGGAUGUGUUGUGGAAGCUAAUGAGGGAAAACAAGACCAUUGUAGCACCCAUGCUGGAGUCCAGAGCUGCAUACUCCAACUUCUGGUGCGGCAUGACCUCACAGGGUUAUUAUAAGCGCACACCGGCAUACAUGCCCAUCCGCAAGCAGGAGCGCCGUGGCUGUUUUGCUGUACCAAUGGUCCACUCAACCUACUUGGUGGACCUUAGGAAAGAGGCUGCACGUCAGCUGGCCUUUUAUCCACCACACCCAGAAUAUAGCUGGGCCCUGGAUGAUGUCAUUGUCUUUGCCUUUUCGGCUCGCAUGGCAGAUGUGCAGAUGUACAUAUGCAACAAAGAAACCUAUGGGUAUUUCCCAGUGCCGAUGCGUUCCCAUGCUACCUUGGAGGAUGAGGCGGAGAGCUUUUUGCAUACUCACCUUGAAGUCAUGGUGAAAAAUCCACCAUUGGAGCCCUCCAGCUUCCUGUCUCUUCCUCCCAAGCAGCCUAACAAGAUGGGCUUUGAUGAGGUGUUUAUGAUAAAUCUGGUGCGGAGAUCUGACCGUCGUGAGCGAAUGCUAAGAACUCUGUAUGAGCAGGAGAUCAGCUGUAAGGUUGCUGCUGCUGUGGAUGGCAAAGCUCUGAACAAGUCUGAUAUAGAGUCUAUGGGGCUUAAGAUGCUGCCAGGAUACAAAGACCCUUAUCAUGGUCGACCUCUAACCAAGGGUGAAUUGGGUUGUUUCUUGUCUCAUUACAACAUCUGGAAGGAGAUAGUAGAUCGUGGUAUCCAGACUUCUCUGGUCAUCGAGGACGACCUCCGCUUUGAAGUGUUCUUCAAACGUCGUCUUCAGGCGCUGCUGCAGGAAGUGACAUCACACAAGCUGGACUGGGAUCUCAUUUAUAUUGGGCGGAAACGAAUGCAGGUCGACCAUCCAGAGAAGUCGUUACCAAACAUCCACAAUCUGGUGGAGGCAGACUAUUCGUAUUGGACUCUGGGCUACAUGUUGUCAUUACAAGGAGCCAAGAAGCUCCUCAGGGCUGAGCCUCUCAGCAAGAUGCUGCCUGUUGACGAGUUCCUUCCUGUCAUGUACAACAAACAUCCAGUAUCAGAGUACAUGGACCACUUUGAGCGCCGGGACCUGCGUGCAUUUUCUGCUGAGCCGCUUCUGGUGUAUCCAACCCAUUACACAGGAGACCCGGGCUACAUCAGUGACACGGAAACAUCAGUGGUGUGGGACAACGAGUCGGUCAAAACUGACUGGGACCGAGCCAAGUCCAGGAAAACUCAGGAGCAGGAGGAGCUGAGCUUCGAGGCCCAAAACUCUGAUGUACUGCAGUCUGAACUGGAGAACUGGAGUGCACGGGAUGAGCUGUGAUAAAGAAGGGAAGAUGUGAGGAGGAGUAAGAGGGAAAGAACUCUGGCAUAUAGAGAUAAGACUGAGGGAAAUAGAACAUAGUUGCGAUAGUGGCAGAAAUAGAAAAUAUUGGAGGGAUUUCAACAGAAAGCAGUAGAAUAAAGGAGUUAAGGUAGAACAGAUGGUCAAUGGGCUGAUGAGGAACAAACAAGUUUCCUUAAAUGUUUCUCUUUCCAAAACUGGACCUUUCUCUUGAGAGAGGAGAUUAGAUGGAGAGUUAACUCUUGAAGAAUCAGCUACCAGUUUUUUAAAAAAUGUAUUACAUCUAACAGACAUCCCUUGUCCACUGCUGUUCUAGUAAUAGUUUUUUUUUCUUUUGAGAAUUUUCCUAACUCCAAGGCAUAAUUUUCCCUUAUGUAUUUUGUAAAAAAAAAAAAGAAGAAGCUUGAAGACUGAAUUAUAAUUUUACACAUGCAGUUUUGAAAUGUCUCCAAACUUAAACUGUCCAGAGCUAUUUCACCAAAGCUUCCCCUAAUCACAUGUUAAAGCUGCAGUAUGUUUUGGGUUAAAAUGUGAGCUACUAAAGAAUAACAAGGUUAUAUUACAUUUUCUUUUUCUUACUGACUAAAAUUCUUUCUCUGAGGAAAGCAAUCACUAAAACAAUUCUUUUACUCAGCUCAGUGUUCCUAACAUGUUUGGCUUCUUCACUGGAUUGAUCAGUUCUGCCAAGAGAUUUUUGUUUGUUCAUUAGUUUUAGUUUAACAGAUUUUGAGUUUUGAAGAACUAAAAUAAAAAAGUAAAUCUCAUCUGUUGAGGUCCUAAAAUCCAGGUUGGAAACAUAGUCUGUAUAUAGAAGAUGGCUGCAGCUAUCUUGACACCGCCCAUCCAUUUGUGGACUGCUGUUCUGAAGCCCUGGAGCAGAGUAUCAGCUUGUUUUUGUCUCUCAUUCAUACUUCCACAUUGUGCUUUAUUGUCUCAAUUGCUCUAAAUUGGAGAAUAUUUACAAAAUGAAUAUAAUUUAGCAUUCCAUAAGAAAUUAAACCUGUGAUUGAAACCAUUAAGAAAUUGUUUAUGAAGGUCAAGUAAGAAGUAGAAGAAGGCGUUAUCUCUCCGCUGGCCAUUAUUAAAAAAUGUGGGUUUAAAAUAAUUCUGCACUAGUUUUACUUUUCAGACCCUGAGGCUACAUUCAUCUUUCACAUUCGACCUGUGUUUGGGAAUCACCUCUGUUCUUUUUUUUUUUUUUUUGCUACCCUUAAAACCUUGCUGUUUAAUUUAGAUCCAAGCAGCCGCUGUUAUUUACUACACUUUACAUUCAGGGGGUUAAUACUAGGCUUACUUAUUUGUAACUGAUGAAUGUAUCUGUUCUCUUUUACCUGUUACCAAAGCAUUUGUUCAUGCUUGAACAACAGCAGAAUUGAUUUAGUGUUUCCAUGGUUCUCAGCUCAUAUUGCAGUUUUAAUCCAGACUUGCAACUUUGUUUGCUUUUUGUUUGUUGAAA